CCCCGCCCCACCGCCGCCAUGUUGCGGCCGUUGCUGCCCGGCGCUGGGUGAGGCCUGUGCGGGCCCCGGAGCAGCUGCCUGCGCUGAUGGACCCCUUUUCAAAUACAAUGUUAAUCAUGGACCUCCAGCUGAGAAACUGCUUGGCAAAGCUUUCAUCAUGGGCGACAUGAAAACCCCGGACUUCGAUGACCUUUUGGCUGCUUUUGACAUCCCAGACCCAACUAGCCUUGAUGCCAAGGAGACCAUACAGACAACUGCUGAAGAGAAUGAAAAUCACUUAAAGCCAUCAGGAAUUUGUAUAGAUGAAAAUGUGUCCUUGUCCCACUCAGUGCCGGCGCCUGAUACCCCUGUUGUGAGUGUUAUUGUGAAGAACACAAGUCGUCAGGAGUCCUUUGAAGCAGAGAAGGAGGGGAAUCACCUUGGAGCUGGCCUGUUACACAAUGGGUUUCGUGGGUCUGAUCUGCCAUCAGAGGCGCAUAACUUAGUGCACAGUUAUGGGAAAUUUGAUUCUGCUUUUAUUAAUGGUGAUAGUUCGAAAAACUAUUCUGAAAAACUGGACCAAUCAAAGUCAGAACCUUUACCCACAUUCAGUCAGUUCAGCCCUAUCUCCAGCCCUGAACCGGAGGAUGCUUUCAAAGAGAACAGUAUUGAUGAUAAACCAAAACAUGCCCAAACUCCAUAUUUCCCACCAACUCCAAUGUAUAUUCCAACUGCGGCUUCAGUUCUAGAUUCACUUAGGAAAUUACCAGAGCCAGAAUUGAGUAUGUUUGAUCAAUAUUGUAAAAAAGAACAAAAGAUGGAGAUUCAUAGCCUGCAAGAAAAUAGGCUGGAAUUGAGCAGAAAAGAACAAGACAGAGUAGCAGAGAAAUUUGUAGAAUCCAGCAAAGAUCUAGUGGAUACCAACAACUUCCUUGGAGAAGGCUUGGCAUUUGGAAGCUUCCACAACAAUAACUUGAAGGAAAGCCGAGGGUCUAUGCCCGAGGUGAACUUUUCUUCAUCAAUCCCACCUCGCCAACGUCUAAAGCCAGCUCACUCAAAAUUGUCAUCUUGUGUUGCUGCAUUAGUAGCUCUUCAGGCCAAAAAAGUUGCAUGUAUUCCAAAAGAAGAUCAAACAAGUCUUAUAAAAGAAUCUUCUGGCCAUUUUAAAGAUGGGAUGAAAGGAAGCCCCAAAAUGCCUAAGUCACCAAAGAGCCCAAGGAGCCCCCUAGAGGUGGUAAAAAAGGCCAACAAGCAGCCUGAGAGUCCUCGGAGUGUGUGCAGUGAUAGUAGUGGAAAAGGCUCUCCCUCCAUGGCAGCUAGCUCUCCGCCAGCUAUUCCCAAAGUUAGAAUAAAAACUAUUAAGAUGUCCUCUGGUGAAAUUAAAAGAACUGUAACUAGAAUCUUGCCAGAAGCUGAAGAGUUGGGCAAAUCCCCUGAGGAGUCAUGUGCAGAAGGUUCUGCCACAGAAGAGAUUACUAAGUCCUUCCAUUCACCUGAUACUAAUGCAGUCACAGAAAAUGAGGCAAGCAAGGGUUCCACCAAAAAUGCAGCAGCCACAGGUGUUCAAGUGUCAAAUGUUGUGAGCCCCUAUAUAGAUGAUGUGAAAACAGAGACUACUGACAACGGCACACCCAAUGUGUCUUUGUCUCCCCUGCCAAACUGUGGCAGUGAUGCCAUAAAAAUAGAUAAUGUGGGUCAGCAACCCAACAAGAGGCAGCAACAGGGUACUGUGACACAGCCAUCUAACCCCACCACUUCCAGCCUCCUUCCCAAAGCCGUACAUCUAGCAAAUCUUAAUUUAGUUCCACACAGUGUUGCUGCUUCUGUCACAGCAAAAUCCUCUGUGCAAAGGCGAAGUCAGCCUCAGCUAACUCAAAUGUCAGUGCCACUGGUGCAUCAAGUAAAGAAAGCUGCUCCUGUAAUUGUGGAGGAAUUUAAUAAAGUACUAAACAGUAACAAUCUUGUGCCAGUGUAUUCUCCAAACCUCAGCCCACCACCUGACAGCAAUAUUCAGUUGCCUGCAUCUGGGUAUUGUUGCCUGGAAUGUGGGGAUUCAUUUGCCUUAGAAAAAAGCCUAACUCAACACUAUAGUAGACGAAGUGUCCACAUUGAAGUCAUGUGUACUCAGUGUUCAACUCUGCUGCUGUUCUUUAACAAGUGUAGUUUGCUUAAACAUGCAAGAGAGCACAAGAGCAAAGGAUUGAUUAUGCAAUGUUCUCAGCUGUUAAUGAAACCAAUUUCCUUAGAUGAAAUGUUUUCACCACCUCCUACAAACUCUUCAGUGUCUGUGGCCCCUCAGACUUUGCAUUUCCCAUCUCCUUCAUGUAAACCAAGUGCUACGUCAGGGAGUGGGACAGGAACCUCUAUCAACACUCACCCAGCCAUGCCUCUGUAUGCAGACCCAUUGAGACUAAUCCGUCAUGGACUGAAGUGUCUUGAAUGUAACAAGCAGGCGCAGGAUUACGUUGCUCUAGCAGCACACUUCCAGAGAACUUCAGAAGAUAAUGAGGGACUGACUUGUCAAGUGUGCCAGAUCAUGCUUCCUAACCAGUGCUGCUACUGUGCUCAUCAAAGAAUCCAUACUCACAAGUCCCCUUACUGCUGCCCAGAGUGCGGGAUACUGUGCCGAUCAGCCCAUUUCCAAACCCAUGUCAAGGAGAAUUGCCUGCAUUACUCUCGCAAAGUUGGAUACAGGUGUAUCCACUGUGGAGUUGUCUUUAUGUCGCUAGCAAUGCUGAAAGCGCACAUUCACGAGAAACACUGCGAAGUCUUCCACAAAUGUUCUUUUUGUCCAAUGGCCUUCAAAUCUGCAGACAGUACCACUGCCCAUAUUACUCGCCAGCACCCAGAAGAGCCUCACAAGACUACUCAGGUUAUCUACAAAUGUUCUUGUGAGACUGUCUUUAACAAGAAGAAGCUGCUCCAGGAGCACUUCCAACAGAAUGCCAACAAGCUGUUGGUGGGAGUAUUUAAGUGUCCGCAGUGUCAAUUAGUGUAUAUGCAGAAACAGCAAUUAAUGCAGCAUGUCAAGGCUGUUCAUGGGGUCCCCCCAUAUCCUGAGGAUGUCUCUAACCUUCGACCGAAGCCUCAGACAACAUCCAGCAGUCAAGUUCUGACACCACCAAAGGAGUUGUCAGUAGCCAAUGGUACUUCCCAUACCGCUUUGCCAAGGAAGGACACAAGAGUGGAACACAACUCAGAAUCAAAACCCAUCUUAAAAAGUGUUGGUUGGACUUGUAGGGAGUGUUCACAAUGGAACCCUGAUCGGGAAAACUAUGUGUCUCAUAUGAAGAAAAUCCAUGGAAAGUCUGUGAAGAGGUAUCCCUGUCGGCAGUGUGAGCAUUCGUUCAACGACUUCAGCAGUCUGGGCAGACACAUUCGCAAUAAUCAUGACACAGGAAAGAAAGUUUAUACAUGCUGGUUCUGCACAGACGAAAGUCAAACAUUUUCUCAGCCUUCCAUGCUGGAGAAUCACAUCAGCCUCAUGCAUGGCAUCAAAAACCCGGACCUGUCCCAGAUGUCCAAAGCAAAAGCUCUGGAGUGUGACUCAACAAAAGCAAAAUCUCCAAAAAGAGUGUCUGCAGAUGCUCCGGGACAGAUGGCAACCACUGAAGCUCCACCAGCCAAAAAAUUGAAGACACAUUGGAAAUGUGCUAAAUGUGGAUUUGCAACAGAUAUCAGUACUGAAUUUCAGGAACACAUACCUCAGCACAAGGCAGACAACUCCACUUCUCAAUGCUUGCUCUGUGGCUUGUGUUAUACAUCUCACAUCUCUCUGAACAGACACCUCUUUAUUGUUCAUAAAGUAAAAGAUCCAGUAGAGGAAGAGGAGGAAGAGGAAAGGGAAAAGUUACAAACAGAUACAAAUGAGAAUGGACAUGAAGAGUAUAACAGAGACGCGAACACUACAGUGGAGGAAGAAAAUAGUUUGAAAUGCAAAAUGUGCAAGAGUGACUCAGUGCUUUGUGCACACAGUCAAAGGUUUGGCCUGGAGGAUUCCAGUAGCAGCUCUCAGAACAAUCAUUCAAAUGCUACUAAGAUUUAAGAAAAGAACAUUUUUUACUCAAAAUACUGGGUGGGAGUGGGGCAGAUCUUUGAAAUAUCCUGUUUAUUUCUUGAGCUGGACUGUGCUUUCCAUUAACUUUUAAUUUGUAAGGGAAAUAAAAACUGCUUCCACCUCCAUAGCGCUGAAUCUCUGCCAGAUCAGAAGUGAAAAGAGAAAGCAAGACAAGAUACCCCACUGGAACUUGUCUAACUCCUAAGGAUGCAGGAGCACUUUCUGAAGCUGCAGUUUUCUUUCUGAAAAUGAGCUCUCUUCCUUUGAGUGUGUACUGCCUCUGCCUGGAGCCCCAACCUCACCUCCUUUCUUUUAGUUUUCUUCUGGUAUUUAUGGCUUAAAUUCAUCUUCUAACUUUCCACUUUAUUAUUCAAAUCCAUAAGACUUUGGGUCAACCAGAUACUUGUCAGGAGAGUACGAACCUGUUAAAUCCUUUUCCAUCAUGCAGCAGGUGCAAACGAUGACUUUUGUGUAGGCUACACAGUGCUGUUUCAUUGCCCUAGAACAGGGGCGGGCAAACUUUUUGGCCCGAGAGCCACAUCUGGGUAU